CAGCAUUCCAAGUUCAGUGUAGUGAUGUACGUUUGAUUGUUGUUUUCUUAAUCUUUGUGAAGAUGGCUUCUACGUUAGAAAGUUUGGAAACACAACUCGAAAUGUUCAUUGAGAAUGUUCGGCAGAUUCGUAUUAUUGUCAGUGACUUUCAACCACAGGGGCAAAAUGUUCUAAACCAAAAAAUACAGGCCUUAGUUACUGGUCUUCAAGAAGUAGACAAGCUUAGAUCUCAAGUUCAAGAUGUCCAUGUACCUUUAGAAGUUUUUGACUAUAUCGACAAUGGUAGAAACCCUCAAUUGUACACCAAGGACUGCAUUGAAAAAGCUUUAACUAAAAAUGAGCAAGUUAAAGGAAAGAUUGAUUCCUACAGGAGAUUUAAGUCUUAUCUACUUGUUGAACUGAACAAUGUUUUCCCUAAUGAACUAGCUAAAUAUCGAGCUUUGCGUGGAGAUGAUCGACCAAUAUCUUAAACUAUAUAUUUGUACAUAUUUUUAUAAACUUAUAAUAAACUAAGUAAAUUGUAUUAUUUUAGAUCUGUCUAGGCCCUUGGUAUUUUAAUGUCAUUAACGUUUCCUAGCAUUGUAUGGUCAGUUGUUUUAUUUAUCUGUUGUAUAUUUACCUAUCUUGUUCCUAUAUGGCAUAAAACUUAUCUAUUUACAAAAUGUUAAUUUAAAGCUAAAUAAUUUAAUUCUUGAAGUCUGGUACAUAUGUAAAUGUAUUUAAUAGAUUGAUAUCUUCUCUCUUUCUUUUCUCUAAUUUCAACUAUUUCUUAAUGUAUUGAUUUUAUUCCUUGAUAGAUCAUCUGUUGUUGAUUAAUUUCAUUAGCAUGUCUCCCAUAACAGCUUUAAUAAGAUGUUUGUCUUGCUCUUACAUUAAUGGUUGCCUGUAGUGAUCUGGUUCCACAAGUUGUUAACUUUGUUUUAAGUUAUGUUUGGUCCAACUGCUGCACAGUUCUCAUCCAGUAAUAAUCAGAUUUAAUUAUUCUUAAUUGUAGUGUUUUGAUUUUUAUAAUAUUCUAAAUUUCCAUCUCUUCACUAUUUAAAAGAAAUGCUUAAACAUCCAUUGGUUUCGUACAUGAUUCUCAAAAGACCCAUAUCCACUGUUUAAGUAUUAUGCUCCCUAAUUAAAUGUUAUCUUAACGUAGAGGCUUUCAAAUAUAAUUUUAAUUACUGUUGUUAGAUUUAACAUAUCAAUUGAGAAUGACGUUCUGUUACCUUUAUGGGAGAUGUACUAAUGACAGGAUACCAAAUUCCUGUUUGAUCAAUCCUUUGAAUAUUUCCAUGCAGUUAAAUAUUGUCAAAAUUAUAUUUGUUUGUUCUAUGUUUUAUCUAUUUAAUAUGAUUAAUAAAAUGAUGUAAAUAUUAUGUACAAAAAGUGCCUGGAAUUAGAUACCUGAUGAGACUUUAUUAAUACAUGCUUAGAAACACAAAAGAUGAGAAUUAUUUUUUAUGAAUUAAUUUGGAACCAAAAGGAAAAAUGAUUUUACAGUAUAUAAAAUUAAGUGAAAGUUCAGUGGCCAAUAAAAGUAUU